CGAUCGGCUCCCAGUUCGGUUCGCAAUGACAACGCGUCAUUUUGCCCUCGGGCUGUUGGCCCUCUUCUCCGUUCUUCUCUGGGCGAGAGCCGAGAAGCCCUACAGUGUGGAGCUAAACUCCUUCGACAAGGACCCGAUGAUCGACAACCAGGAGAAGUGGGUGGACUGGGGGACUCUGCGGAUGAAGAAGGUGGGACGCAACGAGUUCGUGGUGGCCGGAGACUUUGAGUUCAAGCUGAACAUGGGCGAUGAGCAGAAAAUAGCCUUGCGGGUUUUCGUCUACGAUUCGGCGGCUAAGCAGAAGGGUCCUCUGGUAAUGAAUGUGAACAAGCCCUUCUGCCAGUUCAUAAAUGAGGACAAGGACACCUAUCCCGAGAUUCAGAAGUCCUCGAACUUGCCCGAGCAGGGCAGUUGUCCUUUUCCGAAGGGGCAGUACAAGAUCGAAAAUUACGAAAUGGAGACCAACUUCCUGCCCGACGACGCCCCCAAAGGCGACUACAUUAUCGAGCUGAGUCUGCAGGAUCGGGAGAUCCCUGUGGCAGGACUCGUGGCAAUAGUAACCCUCACCUAGUGUAGAACGCCCUUUGUUUUUUUUUUUAGUUUAAGAUCUUGGAUCCCCAUUGACACCACAAGCGUUCCGGCUUCUUGCCCGUAUAUAUAUUGAAAUGUUCAAGUUUUAUAUCCGUUCUGAUUUCAAAACAACGAUUUCGCUUUCAAAGACACAGA